UGUAUUCAAACCAUAACCUGGGAUUCAAACUCGUGUGUUUCUGCUGUGGAGUCAGAGAGGAGACUUUGAGCCGCACAUCCUCCGUGUUGUUUGAGUUAACCUUAGAUAACCAUAAUGGGAUCCAGUGAGAGCAAGAUGCCCGUGUGUGCACCGGUAAAACCAGAGCCUGCCAUCAAAAACAGUCACUUGGGUCAUCUGACGGAUCCACGCUCUCCUUCGACAGGCAUCGAUCGCACUCCUAUUCAGGUUGGUGGGCUUGCGACCAAACCCUCUGCUGCAGCGAAAAGUGAGUGUCCACUGGAGUUCACUGAUCCCCGCUCACCUUCUGUUGGUAUCAACCGCACCCCUGUCAGAGAGAUCAUGAGAGCGAAAGUCGGGUCCUUUGCUCGUCGCCUGGGCAUGUUCCUCCACAAUGAGGCUGAAGGCAAAGUCUCUGAAGCCCCUCAGAAAUGCUUCAGUGACGCUGUGGAGGAGGAGGUCUUCAAGUCAGAGGAGCUGGCUUCCACCCAGCCCCUCCUGUCUCCUCAGUCGUCCAAAACCUUCAGCUCCCUGGCUGAGCAUGCCGACCUCCUUGCCACCCCUGUGUCACGCCCCCUCCAGAACGCGGGUGAGUCAAGCCCCUUUGUUGUUCUGCCGGAGCCCCAGGUGGAGGUGGAGAUAGAGACAGAUAUCAGCCUGGAGGAGGCGGAGGAAGCGAGGGAGUCUCCUCUUCACAAGCGAUUAAGCUUGAGUCUGAUAACCUGCCACGAGGGAGCAACCUCAUCACAGAUUUUUGCUGAAGUGCACCAAGACAAUGCUUCUCCUCUUCCUAGUGUGGAAGUGGAGCCUCUCAGCGAUGGCGUGGAUCACUCUUAUGCCCUUCCUAGCAUCGUAGUUGAGCCAGAGUCUGACGUUGGGCCUUCACCAACCACCACUGAAGCUGAGUCACCAGUGCAGACAUCCCCUGCACAGCCAGAUGAAGCAGAGAAACCAUCACCCUCUGAGGAAACUAAAGAGCUUGUUACAGGAUGUUCUUUACCUCCUGCAUCUGUUUCAUCAGAGCCACCAGUCAUCCCCAGCCCAGAGCAGCAACAGCUCUGCAGUGGCAUCCGCUGCCCCACCUUUGACUCAAAGAGUCCCAGUCAGGUGGUGUUCAAACCGCAGUGGUUGGGAAAAGGCUUCGGUGCCUCUGGGCUGAGAGUCAGAGGGGUGCAGGGGGGCAAAAGAGGCUCCUCUCCUCUCGCCGUCCGUGUGACCGUUAAGAACGCAGCCAAUCAAAAUAAGGGACAGACUGGAAAACUGAAGCAGAAAGGUACCGAAGGCCGCUCCCCCCUGCAGAUCCUUAGGGAGAGCAACUCGCCCAGAGACCAACGUUCUCAGAAGAAGCUGAAGGUUUCCACCCCAGACAAGCAUAGACAGGGGCUGGUGGGCCACAGAGUGCUGGCAGUGGCUCUGGAUAAGGAGAACAGAUGAUUCACUGCAGCCAUGCACAGAUUCCUGCUACUUUUAUAUCUCUUAAAACAUUCUUUUAUUUGUACAGUUUUCUGUCCUUUUGUGUAAUUAUUUUUAACUGCUAUUUUAUGCAGUUUUCUGCCCUGUUUGUGCUUUUUGUAAAUAUAAAUAAAAGUAUUUGCAUUCAUA